ACUCUUCUUGAAAGUGUUCCUGGGAAAAGUCUGACAGAAAAGCUACAGAAUGUCUGGGUCAGGAUGCAAACCCACGUGAACUGUGUAGUGGACAGUGAAUUAGAUAAAAUGUCCACUGAUAAACACCCAGGAAUAAAACAGUUACUUGAGAAGAAGGAGGGUCUGUUUAGGAAGCACAUGAUGGGGAAGAGGGUGAACUAUGCUGCUAGAUCUGUCAUCUCACCAGACCCUUAUAUUAACACUGAUGAGAUAGGGAUACCGAUGGUGUUUGCUCUUAAACUGACCUAUCCUCAGCCGGUCACUCCUUGGAAUGUCCAAGAGCUGAGGCAAGCUGUCAUCAAUGGACCAAGGCAACAUCCUGGUGCUGUAUUUGUUGAGAAUGAAGAUGGUACCAGGAUCAUGUUGAACCCCACAGAUGUCAGACAGAGGGAAGCCAUAGCCAAGGAAUUGCUGACACCAAGCACAUUUUAUCAUGGACCCCCAGAGAGCAAGAAGGUGCUACGGCAUUUAAAGAAUGGAGAUGUUCUGUUGUUAAACAGGCAGCCCACUCUUCAUAGACCAAGUAUACAGGCACACAAGGCCCGUGUGUUGCCAGCGGAGAAAACAUUACGUCUUCAUUAUGCCAACUGUAAGGCCUACAAUGCUGACUUUGAUGGAGAUGAAAUGAAUGCUCACUUUGUCCAAGAUGAGAUAGCCAGGGCUGAGGCUUACACAAUAGCCAGCACCAACUUCCAGUACUUGGUCCCCAAAGACGGGACACCACUUGCUGGCCUGAUUCAAGAUCACAUGGUCUCUGGUGUGAUGCUUACUAUGAGAGGGCGGUUCUUUAGCAGAGGGGACUACCAGCAGCUUGUAUAUGCCGCACUUACAGAUCAAUAUGGACCAGUGAAGAUGCUGAGACCAGGGAUGAUAAAGCCAGUGAAAUUGUGGUCAGGAAAACAAGUCCUCUCUACUGUGCUGCUGAACCUGAUUCCUGAAGGCAAACCAGCUUUGAACCUGCAUGGCAAAGCAAAGAUAGCCGGCAAGAACUGGUUAGCUGGUCAGCCAAGGGCAUGGUUGGCCGGAGGACAAGCCCUGAAGGAUGAGUCCAUGAGUGAAUCUGAGGUGGUCGUCCGGUCAGGAGAACUGCUGUGUGGGGUACUGGACAAGGGGCACUAUGGACCCACACCAUAUGGUUUAGUGCACUGUUGCUAUGAGCUAUAUGGAGGAGUAGUGGCCUGCAAACUGUUGACAAGUUUAGCCAAACUCUUUACAACCUUUCUUCAGCAACAUGGGUUCACUUUAGGCCCUGAGGAUAUUUUGGUGACUCCACAGGCUGACGUGAAGAGAAAGAAGAAUGUGGAUGCCUCUCGGCUGUGUGGGGAUGAGGCAGCAGCCAAAGCCAUGGGUGUAGAUUCCCCAGACGACACUAAAACCCUGCUGCAGAAGUUAGAGAAAGCACAUUACAACAAAGAUGGCCGCCACAUGAUGGAGCUAGACCUGGCCAUGAAGCAGAAAACAGAUGAAUAUCAGAAUAACAUAGCAAA